CUACCAUUCAGUAUAAACAUUCAUGACGUCGUAUGAAGGCCGAAUUCUUAAGUUAAUUAACGGUCAUGGCAGUUUCUCAGGUGUCUCCUGGUCUCUUUCUCACUGACCUGGACUCAGCACUGAAUUGCAGUGUGUUGACCAGCAGGAGUGUUACCCUCAUUAUAAAUGUCAGUGGACUCGAGGGCAUGUCUUACCCUCAGCUGGAUGGUCUUCAGGUCUUCCACAUCCCAAUCCAGGACCAGCCCCAUGCUCCCUUGAGACAUUACUUUGACCAUGUAACUGAACGGAUCAACCAGAACCAGACAGGGGCAACUCUGGUACACUGCAUUGCUGGACGAAGUCGGUCUGCUGCUCUGAUCAUGGCCCACCUGAUGAGAUCUGAAGGUCUCAGUCUGCGCCAGGCUCAUGAACGCGUUCUGGAGUGUCGACCCUUUAUCAGACCCAAUGCUGGUUUCUGGAGGCAGCUGAUAGACCACGAGGUGGCACUGUUUGGCAGGAACACAGUGCAGAUGGUGAGGACACCCAGUGGUGUCCUGCCAGAGGCUCUUCCCGACUUGGAGGAUGCCAAUGCCAUGGCAAUGUACUGCGUCAAUAUUUGAAGAAGCUGCUGCUGCUUUCACUGUCUUUAAAGGGACAGUUUGUGAUUUCAAACCAUGGUUGUAUGAGGUACUGACACAGUGUGAUCAUAUAUUGACUGUAGAGUUGCUGAUCUACUGCGGCAUUGUUUGGUAUUAUAAAUACUGCACAUCCAAGUCACAAACCAACCAGGAUCAACAGCUCCUAAGUCCAACUGUCACAGAGGUAAAUUUGAAUGAAAGAUGUCAA